AGCUUACGCACGUGAUUGCCGCGCAGAGCGUCACGCUCGCACGCACGAAAAGGAAGUUCUUUCAUUUUCUAAUGCCUCACACGAAUAUGCACCCGCCGUCUGAAAACGGUGUGACGGAACUCGUGCCGUUGAAGGGCCACGUCUGCCUGCCUGGUGAGCCCGUCUUGCUGGUGCAGCCGAACGCCGUUGUCGCCAUCGGCGGGGGACUGCGGCCGCUGGCCCAGCCGAGCAGCUCCGCCGUCGCAGACGCCGCCGCCGUUCACGACGUGACGGAUGUUUUCCUCGCUGAGUACUGCGCCCCCCUUCAGCGCUCCACCCACCACCUCCACACACACGUGCCGCGGUACACCGUGACCACCCCAGCCAGUCGCCGCUACUCCCCGCGUCCGGGCGACCCGAUUAUCGCCGUGAUCGCACGCAAGGUCAGCCAGCAUUACUACUACUGCUACAUCGGCGGCGCGGCACUGGCUUACAUGGACGCCGUGGCUUUUGACGGCGCCACCAAGGUCAGUCGACCGCGGGUGUCGGAAGGGGAUUUGGUCUACUGCUACGUGAAGCCGCGCACGACAGCAGCGUACGUGGACGGCGCCGCGGCAGCAGGAAGCAGCGGGACAGCCGCAAGUGCGGGUGGGGAAGUCGAGGUGGCCUGCACGGCGGCGGACGUCGGGUUGCCGCCGAAGGACUGGACGUCAGGGGAGGCGGUCUUCGGCCCGCUGCACGGCGGUCGUGUGCUGACGCUGCCGCUGCCCUACGUGCGACGCCUGCUGGCACCGCUCCCCGCCUCGGCCAGCGGUGAUGCUCCGCAGCGCAAACGGGCUCGUGUGGAGGGGAGCGGCGCCGACGAGUUGCCCGCCUCGUACCUUCUUCAGCUGCUCGGCCGCCGAGUUCCUUUUGAGGUUGCUGUUGGUCUGAAUGGACUCGUGUGGGUGCGGGGGCUGUCCAGUGAGGCGGACGCCACCGUCGCCGCACGGCGCACCGUGGCCGUGAGUGCGUGCAUUGCAGAGGCGCAAUACGACGUGACACAGGCCGAGAUGGAGGCACGCGUAGAGGCGUACUUUCCUUCCUAA